AUGGCCAAGCAAGUUGAGCAUGAUCCACAACAAUACAUUGAAGAUUGGUUCAAUGUAGCCAUCCCAAUGGGCAAAGAAUUUGAGCUCCCAAAUCUUUCAAACAUGUCCAACACAAAUUUUUCUACACCAAAAUUAUCAUUUCAAAACAUCCCAGUCCAUAUAAAUCCUCCUUUAACCGAAAUCGAUGCUGUAUCCAACACUGAAAUUGAGCAUGUUCCUUUCCCUAGAGUAGUGGUGGCUACAAAACCUGCUGCCACAGAAGGGCAGGAGGCCUUUUCUUCGAGCAUGAGUGCUAAUCCUUCUCAAGUGAACUCUCAGUCUCUUCCGAUUAAUAGCCAUCUACUUGCCUUGAGAAACCUGCAAUCUCUUCCUCGUCUCAUUCCAACCCCUAGAGCUACUUCCUUGAACCCACCUUUACGCUAUUCGAGUCAAGCAUUUCAUGUCAGAUAUCAACAAACUCCAUUUUCAGGAAUCCUGAAACAUGUCUCGCCGAGCUAUCGCGAUGGUAUUGUUAGACUCCGAACGGAUAGAAAUGCUCCAAGCCUCGCGAACCAUGCGGCUGGAUUGAAGGUUGGCUCGAACAUGAUCAGGAGCAAUUACCAGCAAAAUCCCAGUAUCCUUACUAAUAGGAUUAACCAACCAAUCCCAGUAGCAAAUCCAGACAGCCUUAAACAAACCAAUCUAAGUUUACCUAAGUAUCUUUCACUGUCUCUAGGCUUGACGAAUACCUCCCUUUCAUUGAAAGCUCAAGAAAUCCAAGUCCCUAAUGCCAAUAAUUUCCAACCAAAACAAGAACCAUUAGAUGGCGCUACCUUGUCAAGCCAUUUUAAUAGUCCUGUCAGGAAAACGUCAAGGACUUUAUCAACAGCCCAAGCAAGUCGUGCUGAAAAGCACAAAUGCUUUAUUUGCGAAGCAUCUUUUACGAAUGGAAACGCUUUGGGUGGGCAUAUGAGUUCCCACUCUAAGAAGAGGAAAAUUGAAGCAUUGCGGCAUGGCCAGUUUUUAAAGUCAGGUUCUGCUUCAGGAUUUGGAGACUCAUCACCAGGUUCUCAAGAUGGCUCAGAUAAGUCCAUUAUAACAAGUGCUGAUCAUUCCUGA